CGGGGCCCCGACGUAAUGCAAACCCACACUGCCGUGUUGUAGCUUGAAGCGGAGAGUGUGAGUGGAGGAGAGGGGGCAUCCCGGGGCAACUUUUCCACGGGAACAUUACUCAAAUAAAUCGGCGUGUUGUUCCAAAAUGGCUCAAAUCACGAGCGAGGGGGCAGAACAAGAUUCACAGUCGAAGCCGGAGCAAAACGGGACCGGUGAAACAGCAGAAACCGGCUCAGAGGAGCAGGCCGUGCCGGACCCCAAACAGGAACCGGGCGACAACAACGAGCUGAGAACAGGAAUGGACGCGAGUGGUGGUCGCGGUGCACCGGAAGAACACGAUGGAGAACCGUCCCGAGUCGCCGAGUCUGACAAAGAAGCCGACUCUCCAACUGAAAAACAACAUAGCGACGAGGGGGAUCCCGGUGACAAACUCUCUGAACCGGGGAAAAGUCCCGUUCAGGGGAGUUUGGCGAGUAGUAUCGAUUCUGCACAAGAGGGCUCCCGGGUGUUGAGGCAAGAACAAAGAGAAGGGGAGAGCGUGUCCUCCUCACCGCCUGCCGAGCGCACAAAGACCGCGGAGAGAGCCGCCCACGGCACCAAGAGACGGGCCAGCGUGGAGCUGACCUCCUCGGAUGGAGAGCCGCUGAGCCGCAUGGAUUCUGAGGACAGUAUCAGCAGCACCCUGAUGGACAUGGAGAGCACGGCGUCCAGUGGUCGCUCCACUCCGGCCAUGCUAAAUGGCCAUGGUGGGGGUGUGGUGUCAGGGAGCGGCGCGGUGCCCACUGGAGGAAAGUCUCUGAGCUACACUUGCUGCUGGGAUCACUGUCAGAUGCUGUUCCCCAGCAGCCCGGACCUGGCUGAGCACAUCAGAGCCACGCAUGUGGACGGACAGAGAGGAGGGGUGUUUGUGUGUCUGUGGAAGGGCUGCAAAGUGUACAACACACCAUCAACCAGUCAGAGCUGGCUGCAGAGACACAUGCUGACCCACAGUGGAGACAAACCGUUCAAGUGUGUCGUCGGAGGCUGCAACGCCACGUUUGCCUCCCAGGGGGGGCUGGCCCGUCACGUCCCCACUCACUUCAGCUCCGGUUCAUCCAAACUGUCCAGUCAGGGCAGAGUGAAGGAGGAGUCUCCGUCCAAGGCUGGCCUCAACAAGAGGAGGAAACUGAAGAACAAACACAGACGCUCACUCCCCCGACCCCAUGACUUCUUUGACGCUCAGACCAUGGAUGCCAUCCGUCAUCGAGCCAUCUGCCUCAACCUGGCAACACACAUCGAGAGCCUGGGCAACGGUCACAGUGUCGUCUUCCACAGCACGGUAAUAGCCAGGAGGAAAGAGGACUCUGGGAAAGUGAAGGUCCUGCUGCACUGGACACCCGAAGACAUACUGCCAGAUGUGUGGGUGAAUGAGAGCGACAGACUGCAGCAGAAGACCAAGGUGGUUCAUCUGUCAAAGCUGCCCACAGACACGGCUGUGCUGCUUGACCCCAACAUCUACAGGAUGUUCUUCUAGCAGCUUCAGUGAAGCUCUGUUGUCACUUCCUGCUAAUCAGACCCUUCGGAAGGGAGGUUGUCUCCUCAUCCACUCCUCUCCAACCCCCCCCCAGAGGAUGUUGGGAGUUGUAGUUACUCGUUUCUCAUGGCUACGUGAGACCUUCAGUGUUUCUUCUCAAUAGGUGCUGAGUUUACUGAGGAACUUUAGAGCAUCACGUUUGCUUUAUUUAGGUGACACAACUAGACUGUAAACUAACUGAUGGUGCUUUAACUGUAGACAGUUAGACAUGUGUAGAGAGAAACUUUUCUGUAAAUACUUGAGAUUUGUAAUAUAUUUUUAUACUUUGAAUUUUUUUUUUUUACUUCACUGUAGAUGUCUUUGUUUUCCCUUCACUGAACAUGUUUAAAUAGAUGAUUUUAAAGCUGAUAAUAUUGCCCAUGUGCAUAUAGCGUUGCUAUGAUUUGAUGUUAUUAAACUUUUCCACCCUCUA